UAUUCUUGUGGGAGCCUUUCACUGCGCAAUUCACUUUGUCACACAAUGGGGAGCUCUGAUGGAGCCCGCUAGCAGUCGGCAUAUGACUACACUUCCCAUGAGCCUCAGCGGACCUGCGGAAGUGGUUCCUGGGCUACUCCGCCGUCAUGGCCGCCUUCAUGGAUCUGAACGUGAUUUUUUGUGAAGAUAAACAAACGCUGCGGGCUCUGGUGGAGAAAGCUGCUCACCUUGGUUUUUCGACAGUUGCCAUCAACUAUGUGUUUGAACCUGCUGGCAAGAAGAAGCCGGAGAUUCCAUCUCCAAAGUUGAUCAGUGAGUUAUUCGAUGAGUUGCCCAUUGUCCAGGGGCGCUCUCGACCGAUCCGAGUGCUGAACAGACUAACCAUAGUGAUGACAGACCACAGUCACUAUAGGCCUAAUGCUACUGAGUACAAACAGUUUGACCUUCUGGCUGUCCAGCCCAGUACAGAGAAACUUUUCCAUGCUGCCUGUAUGACCUUCGAUAUUGACAUCAUCUGCAUUUGUGUCACUGAGAAACGUCCGUUUUUAUUCAAGCGGUCGCCUGUUUUUGGGGCCAUAGAAAGAGGCGUUUUCUUUGAGGUGUCGUACUCUGCUGCGAUCAGAGAUGCCACUAUGCGACGCUACACAAUCGCCAACGCUGUCAGUCUGGUGGAAUGUUGUAAAGGAAAGAAUGUGAUUGUGUCAAGUGCAGCAGAACGGCCUCUGGAGCUCCGUGGUCCUUACGACAUUGCCAACCUUAGUUUAUUGUUCGGACUGUCAGAUUCGGAUUCCAGAGCAUCAGUUUCCUCCUGCUGUAGGUUAGCAGUGCUUCAUGCAGAAACUAGAAAGACAGCAAGCGGUGUCAUUUACACCAUCAAGACUCAGCAGGAGCCACUCCCCACCUCAGAAGAUGGAGAUGCACCGGCAGCCAAGCGGGCUAAAUGCUAAUCAAUGGAUUGGUUGCUGGAUCUUGGUGGAGGACUGUUGGCUGAUCUGAGGGAUGCGCCAUCGAGUCAGCCGGGAGUAGCGUAGCCACUGGCUAAACUAUCUGCUAAGAAGCUCCACUGACUUAAUGCGUUGCCCUGUUAAGGACAUAAGAAGAUCCUUCUUUUCACUCGGCUUCCUAAUUUCUCUCUUACAGAAAGUGUGACUGCUCAGUGGAAGUCAGAACAUUACUUUGUGUUUUCAGAUGAACACAGAUUUGGCUUAAACUUGCUCUUGUUUUCUUUUGGGUUAGUUGAAUUUUCUUUGCGCAAUGUAGUGUAAUUUCUCUUAUAAAAAUAAACAUUGAAUCAAGGAA